UAUGUCAGCUGACUUUCCGCCGGCAGGAAAAUCAUGCUGCAAUGGAAACAGCCAAACACCACUAAGUCAUUCUUUGUUUUGUGACAUGCUGAGAGUCCGACUUUGUUUUCUCAUAAUAAAUAUUGACUCGGGUGACAAUAGCAGUUAGCUAACACGCAGCUAACAGGAAGCGCUUUGAGUCCGAAGCGAAAAACUGAAAUUACGACACCGUGACUACAUCUCCACAUCUACGGUCAGGUUCACUUCAGCUGACGUCCACGGCUUUGUGAGUAUCUGUCCCAGUCGCCUCACCUGAUCUGACACUCCAUCGUCACUCCUACUGAUCUCUGAUCUGCCGGCAUGGACAACGCAGACUCUGUCAAUGUGCGGGUUUUCUCUCUGAACUGCUGGGGGAUCCGCUACCUCAGCAAACACUGUCCUCAGCGCUACGCCAUGAUCGGGGAAAUGCUGUCCAAGGAAGAACAUGAUAUCGUCUUACUGCAAGAGGUGUGGAGUGAGAAAGACUACCUCUGCUUGAAAAAGAAACUCGCCUGCACUCAUCCUCACUCUCAUUACUUCAAAAGUGGAGUCAUCGGCAGCGGACUGGCCAUUUUCACCAAGUACAGAAUCCAUGACACGUUUGUUUAUCGCUACUCACUGAAUGGUUAUCCUUACAUGGCUCACCAUGGAGACUGGUUUGGAGGUAAAGCUGUGGGGAUGGCAGUCUUAAACGUUGGUGGGCUGACUGCAAACGUCUACGUCACUCAUCUGCAUGCUGAGUACUGCAGAGAGAAGGACUCUUAUCUACCUCACAGAGUGGUGCAGGCCUGGGAGCUGCAGCAGUUCAUUCGCCACACCUCCGCCGGUGCAGACGUGGUCAUUCUCGGCGGUGACCUCAACAUGCACCCUCAGGACCUCGGCAACAGACUGCUGAGGUCUUACACUGGACUGCAAGACUCCUAUUUAGAAACUGCUAAAUUUGAUGGAUGUGAGGAUGGCAUGACUCUGAUAGCAGAUAACCCAUUCAUCACUGAGAAGGAGCUCGGACCCUUCGACAAGGGAAUUCGAAUUGACUACAUCCUGUUCAAGAGCUCUUCCAAGGCCGACAUUCACUGCGACUCCAUGUCCACCACCAAAGGCUCCGUUCCCGACCAUCCCUUCCCUUAUUCCGACCACGAGGCUCUCACUGCUGAACUGAGGCUGGAGUCCUGCAGUCCAGCUGAGACCGGAGCUGACAGACCAUCGAAGACUCAGGACUCAACUGCAGGGAGGCUGGCUGAGCUGGUGGACAUUGUGACAGAGGCCCGGACAGAAGUGAAAGUGGGCCUGCACUGCGCUGAGAGGAUGCGCUACACGGCAGCUCGCACCGCAGUCAUGGGUCUGGCUCUGCUGUUCCUGGAGCUGGCCAUCGCAGCCGUGCCCUGGCUGGCUCUGGGAGCGGAGCAGCCGUUCCCUCGGACCUCCUUCUACCUGCUGGCCGUGCUGUGCUUCGCCAUCCUGCUGACCACCUCUCUGCUCUACAUCUUCUACACCAUGGAGCUGAAGUCUCUGCAGGGGGCCGAGGACCAGAUGAGGCUGGCUGUAAGUAGUCUGCAAGAGAAGCUCAGGGGUUUUCCUCUGGCUCAGCCUCACAAUCCCCCACGGAGGCCCCCGGAGGGCCAGGAGCCCGGGGCUUUCCACCCCGAGGAGUAAUGCAGCAGCCAAGUAGGUCAAAGUGGGCUCACGGAAGGAAGCCUUUCAAGUCAGCUUUAAGAUGGACAUUUUAGGAGUGUGCUCCUCUGAAUGUGUUUUAAGCUCUUAAGAUUUAGAUUUAUAAUGCAGAGUAAGGAACUGUGAUCGAAGGACAUUUCUGAAAGUAGUGCAGGACACAUGCUUUGACAUUUUAUACUUUUUAUAUAGUCAUCUGUAGGCUUUUACUACCCCCAAGAUUUCACUCUAUGCACCUACACCAAAACACUUCCUAUUAUGCAGAAAUACAGGGUGUCCAUAAAGUCUCUUUACAAUUUUAAGAAUUUAUUACAAAGGCAGUUGAUAAGAUCUCUUAACCCUCCUGUUGUCCUCAUUUACAGGCACCAAAAAAUAUUGUUUCCUUGUCUGAAAAAAAAAUCCAAAAAUUCAACAAAAAAAUUCCCCAAAUUUCAGAAAAUUUGCAAAACCUUCAGGAAGAAAAUUCCAAUAAUUCCUUAAAAGUUUCCCUUAAAGGUUUUGUUUAAAAAAAAAAAAAUCCCCCAAAUUUGUCAAGAAAAUUCUUCUAAACAUUUUCCAAAAAAUUAAUAAAAAUCUUCUAAAAAAAAAUCCAGAAUUUUUGGAUUUUUUUCAGACAAGGAAACAAUAUGUUUUGGUGCCGUAUAUGAGGACAACAGGAGGGUUAAUAAUCACUGAUUACAAUAAAACAAAUCUGGUUAAUAUAUCUUAUCAACUGCCUUUGUAAUAAAUUCUUAAUAUUGUAAAGAGACUUUAUGGACACCCUGUAUAUUUCUGUGUCACUGCUGUGCUUAAAGGUUGUAAAAUUAGACCGUUUGUUUUUUUAACGCUCAGGUCCGACUUGCAUUCCACCCAGCAGUAGUUCCACUGGGACCAGCUGUUUCUGUUUUCCCCUUUUUGUGAUUUGGAGAACCCACAACACAGACAGACGUGGGUUCAAUCUGUAUUUGUUGAUGAAGUUGAUGUGUUCAGAUACUGAUGGAAGGCAGCCCUGUGGUCUCCGCUCCACAGAAGACAGACACUCCCAAGACUGAAGGAUCACAUUUGGUCAGUAACUUUUGUCUUUUUAUUUCUCUGGAGGACACAUUCAUGAAAGCCUCUGGUAGUACUGUAAGAUAAAGAUCCUCAUGCACUGUUUAGGACAUUAUUUAGUGUAGUGUACUGUAGGAAAAGAAACUAAAUCUGUCUGCAUGUCUCACUUCACAUGCGCACUAUUGUUAAAGACAAUCUACACUAGUAGAUAUUUUUAGGAUUUCUUUGGAAGAUUUUUACUCAUUUUUUGAAAAUAUUUACAAGAAUUAUCUUGCCAAAUUUAGGGGAUUUUUUUCAAAAAUAAAACUUAACUUAAUAGAAGGAAUUAUUGGAAUUUUCUUCCUGAAGGUUUUGCAAAUUUUCAGAAAUUUGGGGGAUUUUUUCGCUAAAUUUUUGGAUUUUUUUCAGACAAGGAAACAAUAUUUUUUGGUGCCUAUAAAUGAAGACAACAGGAGGGUUAACUGUGAUCUGAUGUGAUCACAGGAGUCACUAGUACUAAAUAACACAUUAAAAAGCCCAAUUUCUCUAGUAUGCAGUGCGUUUAGCUGACCACUUCCUUGUAUGUAUCCUAGGAGAUUACUUAAUGAUUUAUUUUGCUGUAAAACCGUGCUGUGACUCAACACGAGCCUGACCAUGACUGAAUUAUUUCAUGAUUGUGUUCAUUUCCACCUCAGUGUGACAGAAGUUCUUCGUAGUUCAUUUCAUUAAAUCCUACCUGAUGUUCAUUCCAUCUGAAAACUGUGAAGGGCAUGAUCGCCAAAGCAAUAAUAAAGACUUGCUUCUGGA